ACUACUUCAAGCUAGUAAUUUGAUAUUAUUACUGCAAUACUUACUUUUUCAAGUUCUCAUUGCUUAAGAAUGCGACUGUCACUUUGGAAGCCGAAGUCGAGAGCCCUUGGCAGGCCAGACCCACAAGCGCAGAGUUGCUGUUUACGAUACUAAGUCUCAGAAAUGUCAUUUCCAUGGAGCACGGCGGACUCCAUGCGUGUGGGUACGCUGCUGGGCGUGCACCGGAAGGGGAAACGCGAAGUCGACCAGCCGAACUGGUUCCGCCUGGUUGAUGGUAACGAGCUACUAUGGACCUUGGCUGAGUCCGGGGGACAGGGCCCACUGCUGCCCUCCGCACCUGCCGUGGAGACCGCAUCUUCGGCCGCCGCAGCGUCAGCGUCAGCAGCGCUCGCACCCCAGCGCUUCUACUUCCCCGCGGCACCCGUGGGGGCGCCGCCGCUGCCUGGCUCCCAGCCCAACGCCGGCGCCCAGCACGCCGAGCUGGCGGCGGCCGCGGCGGCGGCGGCGGCGCCCCUGCCCGCCAAGGUGGUGCCGGCGGCGACAGCGGCGGCGGCGGGUGGCGGUGCGUCAGGGCGGUCGCUGGCGGCGCAGUUGGACGCGCUGGGAAUGCUGCCGCUGGCGCCGGCGCCGGCGCCACCGCAGCUGCAGGGGCAACACCAACAGCAACAGGGGCAACAGGGGCAACAGGGGCAACAGGGGCCGCAUGCGGCGGCGGUGCACAUGCCGAGGGCAGCUGCGGCGCCGCCCCCCAUGGUGGUGCAGCAACAGCUGCAGCAUAUGCAGCCUGGGCCGCCCUCUCAGGUGCCAGCCGCCGCAGCGGGCACAGCUCUCUCGCCGCCGCCGCCACAGCUGCUCACCACCGCCCUCUCCGGCUCCGUCGCCGGCAGCCGGCCAGCCACAGCUGCUGCCGCCGCCACCUCCGGCGGUGCAGACUCCAAGGCAGCUGGCGGCGGCGCCGCCACCGGUGGCGCUACUGCUGCUACAGCCAGCAGCGGCGGCGUGACGGUGGCGUAUGCUCCCGUGGGUAACGCGGCAGUGUACGACGGCACGCUUCCACCCGAUGUGGCGGCGUGGGGGCCGGGUUACGCCCCGCCGCCUGGCGCCGCCGCCACUGGGGAUGCGGCUGCGGCUGCUGCUGCUACAGCCGCUGUGUCGGGCAUUCAGCAGUGGCUGCUGCUACUGCCGGACCACAGCCGUGCGGUCAUGGCCAAGACCUGGGCCAUCUCCGCGCACCGCGCCGCCGCCGCCGCCCUGCCGCGGUCGCAGCCGCCACCCGCCACCGCCGCGCCGGCCGCUGACUUCGAGCCGCAGCUGAUGAGCAAAUACCUGGACUCACUGGUGUGGCCGCGACCCGGCACGCCGUGGCGGGGGCAGCUGGAGGGCGCCCUGCUGGUGGACCAGACGCAGUAUGUCAGCGGCGAGCCCGCGCCCCAGGUCAACCUCACGCCUGGUCUGGUCUGGCAGUACACCAACGAGCUAUACGAAACGGGCCAACCGCCGCCGCCGCCGCCACACAUGGAAGGCAUGGACCAACAGGCGGCGACACUGGCGCUGUACGGCGCUGACGUCACUGGCGGCGGCGGCGCGUCGCCGCCAUGGGACCAGCAACUGCAGCAGCAACAGCAGCAGCAGGGGCGGCGUUACGGCGGCUCGCCCACGUACAACACCCUGUACGGCACUGACAGCGUGUACGGCGGCGGCGGCGCCGCCACUGACGCGGCGUCGUACGCGGGAGGGGGCUCGCGGGGGGACAUCAGCAGCAGCUGGGACCCGCAUCAUCAGCAGCAGCUGCUACAGCUGCAGCUGCAGCGUACGGCGGCGGCGGCAGAUGAUGACUACAGCGCACAGGUGGGGUCGCCGGAGCACUUCCUGGGCCGGCCGCCAGCGGGCCGCACGCCCGUGACGGCGGCUGUAGCACCCGGGUCCUACCGCUACCGCGGCGGCAGCAGCGGCGGCGGCGCACUGCUACUGCCGACAUCCGGUCGCGGCGCCGCCGCCGCCGGCAGCAGCACUGGGCCUAGCGGUACACAGCAGCUGUACGGCAUGUAUGAGUGGAUGGUGGGCGCGCCGCCGCCGCUAGGCGGCGGCGGCGGUGGCGGCCAGCGGGUGCUACAGCCGACACUUGCCAGCAACCCGGCGAUGACGGGGGAGCUGAUGACGCUGGAGACGGGGGAGCAGCUGCUACUGCCGCCGCCGCUCACACCGCUGGAGCAGUCGGUGCUGGAGGGGCCGCUGGCGAGGGUGCCGUACCCGCCCGAGCUGGCACGGUACGUGUCGUCCCGUACUACGGCCAUUACGACAUCAUUGUACGACAAGCCGCAGCCGCUGGCGCUGCAGCAUGUGCCGUACGCGGCGGUGUGGCAGGCCAUGUGGGCGGCGUGGGAGCUCGAGGAGCGGCAGCGGCAGCAGCAGCAAACCCAGCUCAGCCGCCUGCUGAAGCGCUCCGGCGGCGGCGGCGCGGCCUCCUCGCUGCUGCCGCCGCCGCAGUUCCAGUCCGACACCUACAUCACCGACAUGUACGGCACCCCCAUUUCGCCGGAGCUGCUGUACGACCAGACCACGGCGGCGGCUGCGCCAGACCACCAGACCGGCUGGAGUUUUGCGGACCGCGCGUUCGCGCUGCGCCGCCGUAUGGACCGCAAACGCAUGGAGGAGGCGCUGGCGCCGGUUUUCGUGGUGGACCUGGAAAACGGCGCCGUAACAAUCAGCUACGUGUCUACAACUGCCAAGGACGCCGCCGCAGCAGGCGGGCGUGGGGAGGUGGAGACGCAGACGUCGCUGCGGGAGGGCUCGGGUUCAGGCAGCGAUGCCGCGCCAGGCGAGGAGGAGGGCUCGCUGAGCCGGAGCAGUAGCACCAGCAGCACCAGCAGUAGCCGUAGUAGCAGCAGCGGCAGUAGCAGCACUAGUCGCGGCAGCGUGAGUGGCAUCUCCAAGAGCGCCGAGCGCAGCCGGUUCAGGAGGAUGAUGCGAGCUCUGAACCCGGUGCGGUGGUGGCGGCACAUGCGGCGGCGGCAGCGCGGCGACAGCAGCAGUAGCAGCAGCAGCGACAGCGACAGCGAGUCUGACUAUGAGAGCGAUGAGGAGGAGGGUGCCGGCAGCGGUGACGGCAGCGAGGAGGGCCGCCGCCGCCGCCACGCGCGGCGGCGGAGGCAGUCACAUGCUAGCGGCGGCGGCGGCGGCUCGGAUGCUGAGUCGUCAGAGCCCGGCUCGGAGGUCACGAGCGAGGGCGAAGGCGAGGACGAGGAGGGGGGCGCUGGGAAGCCUGACAAGCGCGCCGGGGUAAAGGCGGCCGUGCGGCGGCGGCAGCAGCAGGCGGCGUCACUGGCGCGGCGCGCGGCGCGGCGGCUGCGCCACGCGUCCCGCCUCACCGCCCACCACUCCCGCAACGCCUGGCGCACGCUGCGGCACGAGCCGCUCAGAUCCACGCCGCCGGCCCUGUCGCCGUACACACCCACAGUGGCUGGUAGCGAUGAAGAGGAGGACGACGAGGGGGAGGCAGAUGGCGAGGAGGAGGGCGAGGAGGGCAGCGAGGAACGCAAGGCAGCCAUGCUAGCCAAGAAGAAAAAGGCGGCCGCCGCGAAAAAAGAGAAAGCGGCGGCGGCGGCGAAGCUUGCUAAGAAGCAGCAGGCGAAGAAGAAAGCAGCAGCAAAAAAGGCUAAGAAGAGUAAGAAGCAUGGGAGCAAGAAGUCGAAGCGGCACGGCAGCAAGAGGAAGUCGAAGAGCCACGGCAGUAGCCGCCGCACCAGCACUUCGGGUGCCGCCGCCGCGGCUGACCGCAGCGGCAGGUCUGGAGCUGCUACUGCCACUGCUGGCGGCGGCGGCGGCCGGGUACGCGGCAGCAGUGGCGCUGGCGCCGAUGGCGCUCCGGCGGCUGCCGACCGGCGGCAGCCGCGUGAGGAGCCGGAGGGCGAGAGCGAGGAGGAGCCAGAGCAGAUCGAGUCAGACGACGAAGGGGAGCAGGUGACGGCGGCAGCAGCAGCCACUGAGGAGGGCGGCGGCGCCGCCGCCACGGCGGCGGCGAAGGCGGCGGCGAAGGCGGCGGCGAAGGCCGGCAAGUCGGGCGCUAGCGGCAAGAAGAACAAAAAGGACGCGGCCCAUGCGGACACGGCUGGAGGCAAGAAGGCUAAGAAGGGCCUCGGCACCAAGACAAAGAAGCUGACUGGCAAGCUAAAAUUCUGGAAGCGAGGUGCCGCCGGGGGCGGUGGUGGCAGCGGCGGUGAUGGCGAGGCGGCGGCAUCUGAGGAGGAAGACGGAGAGGAGGGCGAUGGCGAACGCGAGGAGGCUGAGGCGGGGGCGGCGGCUGGUGGCGAUGCCGCCGCCGCCAGGAGCAAGGGGAAGGCUCUCAAGGUGAAGGCCGAUGCCACAGCCACAGCCAAAGCCAAAGCCAAAGCCGAUAAAACGGAGAAGGGCAAGAAAGGCGCUAAGGACGCUAAAGACGCCAAGAGCAAGGCAACAGACAAGAAGCAGAAGGGCAAGGCCGUCAGCGCCGCUGGUGCUGAGGAGGCUGAGCCUGAGAUCAUCGAGUCCGACGGCGAGGAGGGCGAGGAGCGUGAGGAGCCAGAGCAGAUUGAGUCGGAGGGCGAGGAGGAGGGCGAGGAGGCGGCGGCAGAUGCCGCCGCCGGUGCCGCCGGAGGCGGAAAGGGCGGCAAAUCCAAGGCCCCCAGCGGCAAGACCAAAUCCACAGCCAAACAGAUGUGGCGCGGUCUGAUGUCCAAGGCCAAGCUUUCCAAAAAGCCCAAAGAGGGCCAGCAGGGCCAGGACGAGGCCAAGGAGGAGGGCGAGGCGGAUUCAGCAUCCGGCGGCAAGAAGUCAACGGGCACCAAAACGGCAAAGCCGGACAAGGGCAAAGGCGGCAAGGGCAAGGCCGCUGGGGCCGGCGAGGAGGAGGAGGCUCCGGAGCAGAUCGAGUCCGAGGGCGAGGAGGGUGAGGCGGGCGGCGGCGAGGCGGCCGGCGGCGGCGGCGACAAGGGCGCCUCGGGCAAGGCCGGUGACCGGUGGCUGAGCGCCGUGAGGAGCGCUGCGUCGAAGCCGUGGAGUGCCUGGAGCAAGAAGGCAAAGGACAAGAAGGAGGCGGCGGCGGCGGCCAAGGCCAAGGCGGCGGCGGCCGCAAAGGCGGCGGCGGCCGGCGUGCCCGAGACCAUCCAGGAGGGAAGUGAGGAGGGUGAGGAGGGUGAGUCGCCGGCGGCCGCGGCGGCGGCGCAGCGUGGCAGUGGCAGUGGCAGCGGCAGCGGCGGUGCCGGGGCGGCAGCGGCGGCUUCCAAGGCCAAACCACAGCCCGAGGUGCAGAUGCCAAAGGCAACGGGCAAGGCUGCAAAGGCGGCGGCUAAGGUGGAGGCGGCGGCGAAAAAAGCAGCCGCCAAGGCCACUGCCGCCGACGCCGGCGGCGGCGGCGGCAGUGGAAGCCCGGGUGGCGUGGCGGCCGCGGCGGCGGCUUCAGCAAAGGAUGCAGCGGCGGCGGUGGGCACAGCGGGGCAGGUAGGGGCCGGCAAGGGGGCGGCCGCCGCCGCCGCCGCCACAGCAACAGUAGCAGCAGGCGGCGCCACGGGACUUGCUGCGGCCGCUGCCGCCGCCGCUUCCACCCUCAAGACACGGGCGUCCGAGACGCUGCCGGGCCCAGCCACCGCCGCCGCUGCGGCCGCCGAGCCCGAGGACGAGGAGGAGGAGGACGAUGAUUCGCCGGCUGCCCAGCAGCCCUUGAAGGCAGCCGGCGCCGCCGCCGCCGCCACCAGCUCCACGGCUCCCAGCCGCCGCAAGAGCAGCACCCUGACGGAGGCGGAUGCCGUGCCGGCGGCGGCGGCGGCGACGGCGGCGGCGCGGGCGGCGGAGGGUGGUGGCAAGAAGGGCGCGGAUGCAGUCGCGACAUCCACAUCGGCGGCACCAGCACCGGCGGCUGCAAAGCCGCUGUCAAGCGACUGGGCGGCGGCGGAGGCGGCGGUGGCGGCAGCCAAGGCGCAUGCUAAGGAGGCGGCGGCUGCCGCGGCCGCGGGUGGCACGUCCAUGGACCUUGAAGAGGAGGAGUCGGUGCUCCGUGCCUCCGCCAACUCGGGUGUCGUGACCGACACCGAAUCAACUGCGGGCGGCGCUAAGGCCGUCAAGGCCGGCAAGCCCGGCAAGGGGCCUAAGGGCAAGAAGGGCAAGAAGGGCGCUGCCGCUGCUGCCGCUGGAGCCGUAGCCGGCAAGGACAUCGUGGGGUCGUCGGGCGAGGGCGCGCCGCUCAAGGGCCCCAAAGCCAAGCUGCUCCAAAAGCUGUUGAACCUGUCGACCGUAGUGAACCAGCAGCGCGCCGCGGCGGAGGCGCAGGCGGCCGCCGGCGGGGCGGAGGGAGCGGCGGCCGCCGCCGCCGCGGCUGCGCCAGCCGCCGGCGCCGCCGCUGGAGCCGGCGGCGCCACGGCUGUUGCAGUGACCUCCAAGUCUUAUAGCAAGGAUGAGGUGCCGAAGGAGAUGAGAAAGCUAGCAGACGACCAGGUGCGAGCUCUCGGUGACGACGACGAUGAUGACGAUGGCGGUAAUGGCACCGCGCCGGAGGAGGCGGCGGCGGCGGCGGCGGUGGCAGCGGCGGCGGCUGGCGGCGGCGGCGGCACUGGCUCUCCUGGCGGCGGCUCCGGCGGCUCUCUGGGCAGCAGCCUGCCGGUGACGACCAAGCAAAGCGCGCUGCAGCGACUGAAGAGCACACUGGCCCGAAAGCGGGACAAGGCCAAGGGCGGCGAGGAGGGCGCUGCUGACACGGACAGUGGCGGCGGCGGCGGCGGAGGUGGGGACGGCAGCGGCGGCGGCAGCGGCGGCGGCGGCAGUGGCGGCGGCAGCGGCGGCCCCACGCCCGCGUUCCGCCGCAGCGGCGGUGGCGGCGGCGUGGAGGUGUCCUCCCCCAGCCGCACCGCCAAGGGCAGCGCCACGGGCGGCGGCGUGGCAGCCAAGCUGCUGGCCAGCCUGCGCUCCUCGGCGGGCCGCGGCGGCGGUGAUGUGGGCGGCCCGGCCCUGACUGCGGGAGACUCGCCGCGCACCAGCGGCGGCAGCGGUAUGAUGAGCCGACUGAUGGGCUCACUGCGCCGGGGCAAGCCGCCGCCCGAGGUGCAGGAGGAGGCGGUGUUUGGCGACGUUGAGGAGCCACGCGGCGCCGGCUCCGGCCGCGGCUCGCCCACACCCUCGGGACUGGCGUCACCGGACCUGGGCGCAAGCAUGCGCUCGGCUGCCAGCGGCGGCGGCGGCGGCGGCGGCGGCCGCGCCCGCCGCAGCGAGGGCACUGUGCUGUCGAUGACCAGUCGCCUGGGCAGUGUGACCACUGGCGCGGCCCUCAGCCUGGACGCCGGCUCCGCGGCCGGCCGGCAGGCGGCGGCAGAGGACCUCAUGUCGUCCAUCCGGCGUGGCGGCGGCGGCGGCGGCGGCGGCCUAGCCGCAGGAGGCGCCGCCACCGGCCGCGGCGGCGCCGCCCUGGACUUUGACUUCGCCGCCGCCGCCUCGGCUCCUGGCUCCGCCGCCGGCAGCGCCGCCACCUCGCCUCGCACCACACACACAGGCAUCGUGGGCUCAAGCUCCGGCGGCGGCGCCGCCGGAGGCGGCGCCGCUCGCGGGUCGCGCACCUCGCCUGGCGGCGGUGACGUGGCGCUGGCGGGCGGCUCACUCACCCCAGGCAGCCCGCUGAUGCGGUCGCUGCUGCGGACCGCGCACCUGAACAAGACCGCCACGCUGGUCAAGGGGCAGGACGUGGCCGCGGGAGGAGGAGGGGGAGGAGGAGGAGGGGGAGGCAGCCGCCAGACCAGCGCCCAGGGUGCGGCGCUUGCCGAGGAGGCUGGCGGCGGUGGCGGCAGCGAGGCGGCGGCGGCCAUGGCGGCCAAACUCACGGAGCUCAUGAGCCUGCCGCCCAGCAAGUGGUGAUGACUGAUGACAGGCGUGUUUCAUGAGGAGGUUAAUUAGAGGAGCUGAAAGUAGAAGAGCAUAGAAGUAGAGGAGGGAGCUAGCAUCAAGAGGUUAUGGUGUAUUUCGUGGCAUGAGAGGCUUUCAAGUGCGGCGCCUUGUGCCAGACUGUAUGUUGACUGCAGUCCCCGGACUGGUGCUCUCGCUUCGGCGGGUCGGUAGCUAGGGGUGUGUUCGGCGGCUGUGGGCUGCUACUUCAACAAACGAGCAAAUCUGCAAUGCUGCUAUACUGAGAAUUUAAAGUUCUGAAGCAUACUACUGGCGGGAUUCUGGUGGCGCAGGCGUGCAGAUGUUCUGGUGUUGGGAGUUGGGACGGUAGGUGGGGGACUGACUAAAUGCUGCAGGCAUGCCCUCCCCCCCUGAGUGCACUGUACUGCAGUGCGGAAGGGGACAACCUCGGGGGGACAACCUGCUGCAAUAGUGCAUUCUGUGUGACACUGAAUGGCCGUGUGGUCUGACUGCGAUUGCUGCGCCACCCAGGGGUGGCCCAGAGGAGUGUAAGCUAGUGUGAAU